GAGCCCACGCGGCCGAGGCUCCGCCUUGCGUGGGUUUGAACGGAGCUCCGCCCCUCGCUCCGCCAAUUGGCGCUCGCGCGGCGGCGCCAUGGCGACCCUUUGUGGGCGCUGAGUGGCCUCGGUCCCGGCGGGGCGGCGGGCCUGCCCGGCGGCGCAGGACACGAUGUUUGCUAGAGGGCUGAAGAGGAAAUACGGCGAUGAGGAGGAAGGAGUAGAGGGUUUUGGCCCUGUCCCUUCCUACACCCUGCAGCGGCAGUCACUCCUGGACAUGUCCCUGGUCAAGCUCCAGCUCUGCCACAUGCUAGUAGAGCCCAACCUCUGCCGCUCAGUCCUUAUCGCCAACACAGUCCGCCAGAUCCAGGAGGAGAUGAGUCGGGACGGCGUGUGGCACGGGACAGCACCCCAGGAUGUAGAACGGGCACCAAUUGACCGCCUAGUCUCCACAGAGAUCCUGUGCCGUACAGCCAGGACAGCUGACGGGGAGCACCCCACUCCUGAACUGGAAGAUGGUCCGCUGCAAAGCUCGGUUUCUGAGCUCCCCAUAGUCAGCUCAGCUCAGGGGCAAAGGGGCCCUCAGAGCAGCCUCUGGGAGAUGGACAGCCCACAAGAAAACCGGGGAAGCUAUCAGAAGUCACUGGACCAGAUAUUUGAGACCCUGGAGAACAAAACCCCCAGUUCAGUGGAGGAACUCUUCUCAGACGUGGACAGUUCCUACUAUGACCUGGACACUGUGCUGACGGGAAUGAUGGGUGGGGCCAAGCCCAGUCUCUGCAGUGGCCUCGAGAGCUUUGCUGCUGCCGCCGCCCCACCCAGCUCUACCUGCAAGUCUGACCUAGCUGAGCUGGACCAUGUAGUAGAGAUUCUGGUGGGGACCUGAGAGGAGGUCCCUGGUGGGCCAAGGACACCGCCACAUCGCGGAGCGCACCUGUACCACCAUCCAGAGACAGACAAGCACUUGCCCCAAAGCCAGGGCGCCUCUCUGUCUCACUAUGAACAUACCCUGGGGCUACACCCCUGAGGACAGAGCAAGCCAUUGCCAGGAACUGAGCUCUCUGAAGGCUUUGGGCCCUGGGUUCAUUUUCCUGUCUGUGGGACCAUUGUGGAGGAUGGUGUGCCACAGCUGUGUCUAGUCUAUUUUAAAUUAGGUAGGUGAACUUUCUAAAAUUAAGUUUUAUAUGUUUUGGGCAAUAUUUUGUCUUAAGAUAUAUUUUUUAAACUUUUUAUACUUUAGAUUUUUUUCAGCUAUUUUCUUAAAAGUAUAUUUUUUCUACAAACAUCCUCUGCUGCUACAUUAGAAACAUGUAUAACCUAAAUAAUUACAAUUGGUGUGUGUCAUUUUUUUAAGGUUUAAAUAGAGAAUAUUUUUUUGAUAAAGAGUCUACACUCCCAAGUCAAUAGUGUAAAUGUGAUGGCCAGGUGUUUCCACAAGAGGCCCCAUCUCCGCCUGCAUUCUAGGGAGCGAGUGCCUGCCAGGAGAGCCACACACAGCUCUACCGCUCGUCUCCGGGUCUGCUCUGCAAGUGCUGUCUUCCUGGGCUUCAGUGUGCAGAUGGUUUAUUUAUGCCUAUUUAUGUAUUAAUGCCACUGAAGGCUACGGUCAGAUGUCUGGAAACUACACCACCAGUUCUGUCUCAGACAGUUAACUCAUGCAAGGUUUGUCCCUGGCCAUUACUGUCUGUUUCCCAAUACAGCACUGUGUGUGACAGGAGAUCAUGACAUCCUAACAACACUCAACGCCUCUUGUUCCAUGUCAAGCGUGUCCAUGGAGGCUACCGGGUACUGUGCCUAUGUGUGCUUGGAAAGGGUGUGUACCGUCACUCAUGUCCUUAAUCGGGAAUACUUGCUUGCUUUAAAAAUGGUGCUCGAACAUUUUAAGGUUAAAAAUCUGACUCCAAACAAUUUUAGGGCCCCUUCAUCUUGGGGUGGCCUUUGUGCUGUCUGCUUGGAUCUCAAGGUUCUGCUACCUGAUCACGUGUCAAACACCCCCCCCCAAUAUG